AUGAGCUACAUCGUCCGCCGUGGUCUGUCGACCCUGAUCCCUCCCAAGAUCGCCUCCCCCAACGCCAUUGGUGCUGCCCAGGAUGCUGCCCGCAUGGAGCGCGUCGUGAACUUUUACGCCGGUCUCCCCCGUGGCCCUGCUCCCCAGGUCAAGCCCACCGGCAUCCUCGGUCGCUACAAGGCCCGCUACUUCGACCAGAACUCCGGCGUCCCCAUCGUCCACGCCAUCGCUGGUAUCCUAAUCCUCGGCUACAGCAUGGAGUACUACUUCCACCUCCGUCACCACAAGAACCACCCUCACUAA